AUGACUCAUUUCCAAAUGAUUCAUCGGGGUUUGCGGUCACCCAAACAGGACCGCCAGCCAACAAGAGCUUCCACGAAUUUGCUGGCUAAGGAGAGCAGCAAGUCCAGGCAGAGGCACAAAGACGUAAAAGCAGCGCUGUUUUCAGUCAGUGAGCCGGCAUGUGACCCAGAGCCAAAUGCCUUUGAUUACAUCAAUUACAGCCAGUCUGACAGGGCCUCGGGGAGCGAUGCAACCGCCAUUCAUAACAACGACUGCUUCAGAGAGAGCAACCCUGCUAAAGUUACCUGCAGGGUUACCUUCAAGUUCUUCUGA